UUAGAUCAGGAGGGUCACCACUCAAGACUCACUCUAAGGAUCAAUAAGUGAGAGUCAUUGGGAAUGAAUUCUUUCAUUGAGUACACAACCUGUGGAGAUGUGGUAGCAUUUUCACCCAAAUUCUGUCGCAGUGACCAGAGAAGUGUCCCUUUACAGCCUUAUUCUGGAAAUGGAACUGAAAGUCAUUAUUUGGGGAAUUUGCCAAUGGGUGUCCACGGGUCUUCUCCACCACAAGCCGAUCAGCAGUCUCCAAGCCUUUAUGGGACUUGCGGUCUGGAUGUGUCUUAUGACUCAAGUCCACCUGGAGAUUAUAAUGUCCUACCUGCCAGCUCGGACUAUGACUUCUCCUAUGGAGGAAGCCACUCAAUGGAGGACCCUGGGGGGCACAUCCAAUAUGCCAGCCCGUUUUUCACUGGGAGUGGGCACUACAUUCUCAAUGGACAACUGAGCUACAAGACGGCGGGAGAAGGUAACCAUGGGGUCCAGAGAAAAGACCAGCUGGGUAUUUAUUCUGAGAAUCUUCAUACUUUCUCCCCAGCCACAGGGACCUAUCCCAAAUCCUGCUCCCCAGCAUCUGAGAUGCAAACUGCUGUGAACACUUUUGACUGGAUGAAAGUGAAGAGGAAUGCCCCCAAGAAAAAAACACUCUGUGAUUAUGGGGUAGUGAAUCCAUCUAACACAAUGAGGACAAAUUUUACCACUAAACAGCUAACUGAAUUAGAAAAAGAAUUUCAUUUUAACAAGUAUCUCACAAGAGCCAGGAGGAUUGAAAUAGCUAAUUCACUGCAACUUAAUGAUACCCAGGUCAAGAUCUGGUUCCAAAACAGAAGAAUGAAGCAAAAGAAAAGAGAAAGGGAAGGAAUAACUUCUCAUUCACCAAAAACAGGACCUGUCUCGUCUAAUUCCUGUAAACCUGAGGACAGGCACGACUCUUUGUCUUCCAAUGAAGACAUCUCAUAGUCUGGGAUUAUAUAACGAACUAUGCCUGGGUACAGAAAAAAGUGCAUUAAAAAGGUAAACACAAGGACUACUUGUACUGUACUUUUAGCCUUAUUUGGUGGAUCUGUAUGGAUUUUACAUGUGGAUGGCACAUGAUAUUUAAUUCUGCAACUUUGUUGCCUUCUAUUGAGAUGAAUUGCAUGCAGUGAGUACUGUUGGGAAUUGACAUUUCCAAAAAAGAUGCCUAAAGCCAGACUUUGCCUUUAUAACACUACAACAUCCUUGCACACAUGCCAUGCAUGUGGUAUAGGAAUACGAAAGAUACAAAGAUGAAAUUCAAGGAAUGGGACUACUUUGAAUGUCUAACUAUAACCAAAGAUGUUAAUCCAGGUAGAUUUUUUUUAGUUGUAUGACUUUAAAUUGCACUAUUAGGUUUUAAUUUACUAUACCAUGUGCCUGAUCGAAAUUCAAUUUUGGUAAAUAAGAAACCCACACCACUUAAUGUCAUAGUUUA